AUGUCUACCCAGGAUAUCACCAAACCCUUCCGCUUCAUGGACCUACCCGCAGAGUUGCGCCUCAUGGUCUACAAGCGCCUACCCCGUCAGAUCAAGCACACUGAGAUUCGCUAUGUGACUGGAUAUUACGCCAGCACGAACGAGAAAAUCGGCUCAACAGUGGUCGUGGUCACACGUCACCUCCCAGUAGCUAUCUUGAGGACAAGCCGUCAGGUCUUUGCCGAGGCGGGUGGCAUCGUCGCAAAUCUGAUCCGGACUUUCGUGACGGAAUCGCAGCCACGGGUCAUAGGCCAUGACACCGACCUGGUCGCAUUACAAGAGCUCAUCUACCUUAUGCGCACGGAACGCAAAGCCUAUCUGACCUCGAUGAUUGGAAGACUAGGUCGAUGCUUCGCUCUUAUGUCGCGUCACAAGUACAUGCUCCCCAUCACACUGCUAUGGGCUACCCUGCUGUAA